CCCCUAUCUUGAUAGACCUUUCAGUCGCAACAUGAAGCGAUAGACUGUUAUGCCAGGAAAAACAUCUCGGGUCGCUAUCGCAGGCGGAGCAGCUCCGGGGGUCGGUCGGACCAUCGCAGACGCCCUCGUAGAGAAUGGAUACGAGGUCGUCAUCUUGACACGCCGUUCGACCGUCGACUCGACCUCGGCCUCGACCUCCAUGAUUUCUGCCGGCUUCAAGAAGCAGCAGGAUCAUUAUACCGUCCGGCCGAUCAAUUAUGACGACAUCUCCGACAUCCUCUCCGUGCUCGACGCUGAUCGGAUCGAUACCUUGAUCUCGACCAUCCCCUCUGGUCUCCCCAUCAUCACCCAUCUGAACCUCCUAGAGGCGGCUAAACGUUCAAGCACGGUGAAGAGGUACAUCCCGAGCAAUUGGGGAGCGGGGGACGCGGUCAACAGCAAGGUCGAUAGGUUCAGGAGCAAACACGAAGCUCUGAAGAUGUUGAGGGAUGCCAAUAACGCGGACGGCUUGGAAUUCACUUGUUUACUCCCCGGGCAGUAUUUCAUGAAUUACCUCGCCCAGGGGUCUCCGAAGAACUUGCAUGGAGAAGCCAUGUCAGGAUUGUACGACUUUUCCAUCCCCGUGGAUAUGAACGGACGGACGGCGGAGGUCGGGGGCAGUGGGGAUGAGCCGCUGGUGUUCACCCGACUUGAGGAUCUGGCUCAGGGCGUAGUAGAAGUCCUAGCGGAGGAGAAGUGGGAGUAUGAUGCUACGUGGGUCGUAGGAGAUGUUGUCUGCUGGAACGAGGUCAUCAGGCUAGCCGAACGCAUAUUGAAUACCAAAUUCUCGGUGACCUACCUCCCGCUUAAAGACCUGGAGGCCAGAGCGGCCGGAAUGACUCCGGGGAGCAAAGAACAGAUGUUGGUCCAGCUUCAAGCUUGUUCGGCGAGGGGGGAGUUGAGACCUUCUCCGACGCACGGUACGGACAAGGUCAAGGUGAUUAGGUCGAGGGGAGCGAAGAGGGUUGAAGAGUUCUUGGAGGAGUGGUGGGGUGCGUAGAGAAGCGAGAGAAGGGGAGAGUGUGGGCCGUGAAAAAGGGGACGGCGCGCAGGAAAGCCUUUGGGAUCGUACAGGCACGAGACAUGCGACCUUGUCUGCGACCAUUAUUGGUUCGUGAUGCUCGAGAUCCGAUCACUUGC